ACCAACGCCAGAUCUUCCUCCUUCAACGACCUACAUACCACAUCCCAAGGGACCGAUCGCAUUUCUCAAUCGCACUCCCAAACCUCCAAUAACAUGAGCAGCAUCACUCCCGAUAGGGUCGAGAAGGGCCUUGCGCCUUUGCUCCCAAUCCCGGCUUUCGGUGAUCUCGGCAAGGCCGCCAACGACCUCAUCAACAAGGACUUCUACCACGCCGCUCAGGGCACUCUCGAUGUGAAGCUCAACGCUCCCAAUGGCACCAAGCUCAAUGUCAAGGGCAAGCAGGGUUUCGACGGCGUGACCAGCGGUUCCGUCGAGGGAAAGCACGUUCUCAAGCCUCAAGGUAUCACGAUCACCCAGGCAUGGUCCACCGCAUCCCUGCUUGACAGCAAGGUCGAGCUCAACGAUGUUGUGGCCGAUGGCGUCAAGGUCGACCUUCAGAACCUCUGGAACCCAUCCAAGGCCGGUUCUGCCGCUCAGAAGCUCAACUUGGCCUUCAAGAACCCAAACGUCCACAGCCGCGCCUUCCUCAACUACGGAACUGCUAAGGGCAAUAUCGACGCCGUUGUGGAUGUGACCGCUGGCUCUGAUGGCUUCCUUGUUGGUGGUGAGGCUGGUUACGAUGUCCAGAAGGCCGCUAUCACCAGGUACAGCCUCGGUCUCGGCUACCAGACUCCAAACUACACUGCCAGCAUCGUUGGCACCCAAAACCUGAGCAUCAUCGCCGCCAGCUACUACCAGCGCGUCAACACCUCUGUCGAGUUCGGAGCCAAGGCCGGCUACGACGUCAACGCCCAGAAGGCCAGCGGCCUCGAGAUUGCGUCCAAGUACAAGCUCGACCCACUGUCUUUCGCCAAGGCCAAGAUCAACGACCGCGGUAUCGCUGCUCUUGCGUACAGCACCAAGCUCAACGCUGGCACCACCCUCGGCCUCGGCCUCUCUCUCGACACCAACAAGCUCAACGAGGCCGGCCACAAGAUCGGUACUUCGCUCACCUUUGAGGGUUAGAGACCGCAUCGCGAAAAUGUAUCGAUAGUCGAGUCGCAAGAGUGGCAUAGCAUGGAGACGAGGAUAAACACAUUGUGCUUGGAGCUCGAAAUGCAGCAAUGCAUGAUCGCGGCAUUGUACGCAAGCCGAUCCGAACCUGUACCAAUUCAGCGAAGAUUCACCCAA